GCCUUUUCGUUUCCAAGGUGAUUUGUUUACUACGGAUACGAAACUUGACUUAUCCUGUUUGAUGACACGAGCUCUCUUCGCGAAAAUUAUCUGUCACAAAAUUGUGUGUAGAGGGAGCUCUAACGAUGACAGCUGGUUCUGUACCUGUUCCCAUGGUGAUACCCAUGAGGGUUCCUCAACUCGGUAAACCGAAAGCAUCCAUAGAUACAAACACCAAGAUCGCUCUCUGUUCAAGUGGAAAUUCAGAAGUUGAUAUCUUUUACACAUUAAAUGGGACAAAACCUGAAGCUUUUCCUCUAAAAAGGACACCGGAGUUUUGCACGCUCACCUAUAAGGGCCCAUUCCCUCUUCCUGCCGGCAAAGUGACCCUUAAAGCCGUGGCUGUGUCAAAAGAUGGAGUUAAAGAAAGUAAUAUUGUCACCAAAACAUUUGAUGUGGAAUAUGUCCCUGCAACUGAAUCGCUUCCUGCCAACAACGAUGGCCUCGACUUUCAGGAAGAAGUGGCUGAAGAGAAAGCAAAAUUAGAGAAGAAGCGGUCCAUGAAAAAUUUCCAAAUGGUACUAAAACCUGCUUGGGCCACAAGUCCAUCACCAAAUGAUGCCACGUUUUUAAUGUCCAAGCUCCAUAUUCCUGAUGAAAAAAGACCAUCUAGUGCCAGAUUUUUGGAUGAACGAUUCAAGAACAAAAAUGAGAAUCGGAAAGAUACACCAACAAGUCUCAUUCGUACCUACCAGAUUCAGACCAUAGCUGACCAAUUAUCAGCAUCAGAAUGGAAAGGAAUCCCAGAACCACACAAAGCACCAAACAACCCAAAAGAAAUUUAUCGACUUCAAAGACAAACAGAUUUCCUUAAGUGUGUCUACUGCUUUGCUGACCGACCAGCUGAUCCAUGUGCGAAGUUCUGUAACGUUUGUGGCAGAGAAGUUCCACCACUUCCUCAGAAUCGAUUACUACCGCCAGAACCAGGACAGAUGGGUAAUUGCAUCUAUUGUAAUUCUUUGGUUCCUUUUAACACAGAAACAUGUGUUGUAUGCGAAGGUCCAAUUCCAGUUCAGAAUCAGCCCAAAGCCAGCAUUAAGUUGACCGACCGACUUGUUUGCAAACUCUGUGGCACUGCGAAUCCUUGCAAUCUCUCUGCUUGCGUCAUUUGUGACUCGAAACUUUCUCCAGCCACAGACCUUAAGAAAUUUCCUGACAGUGUAAAGCAGCAAGACAUACCACUUGAAUCAAAGUUUGUAAAAUGUUCAAAAUGUCUUCGCAUCAACAAUGCUGAUGCCCGUUUCUGUGAUUGGUGUGGCAACAAACCAAAUCUCUCCACUUACAUCCAAUGUCCUCGCUGUAAAGCCACCAACCACGUGAUGUCAACUUACUGUGCCAGUUGUGCUGCACUCAUUGAACCUCCUCACCGAAAUACCAGUAAUGAAUUCAGUGAACCAAUAAAUUCAGCCAACACUGGCCAAUGGACAGUGGCUCAGAGCACUAAUUAUUCAUCAAGAUCCAAGCAGUCAACUGGCACUCAGACCAUUGGCCUGUUCUACCCAUCACAACGAGAAAUAACGAAGAAAGAGAUGCAAGAUGAAGAAAAGAAGUCUUAUGAGAAACAGCUACGAGACAGGCAACCGCUUCUUACAGCCAUCAGUCCAGGCCGAGGUUUCUGGAGAAAACAAGUGGAACAUAUUUGCCAUCAUCUCAAAGUCCAUGCCCAAAAUUGUGCAGAGUUUCGAGGUCUAAUUGCAGAACCACGCAUGGGAAGGCUUGUGUCAGGAACAAUUCAUGAAGAUAGUUUUGAACUGAGUUUGACUUUAAACUUUUCACUCUGUCAAUCGAAAUCUAACCUCACUAAUGGCCACACACCAUCACGAUCUGCUGACAAUCUUCAAUCUCCGUAUCGAGAAACAAAUAUUUUAGAUACUUUCCGGAGUGAAUCUUCCCUAGUUUCUGCAGAGACCAGUGAUGCAUCAAUGGUGUCAUCCAGCAACAAGAAGAAGAAAAAGAAGACUCGACGCCUCAACUCUAAAAAGCAUAAACUCUCGGCAAUUGACAAGAAUUUGUUCCAGCAGUUUUGUGUUAAUGGAGAAGGUGAUAUCAAAGAAGUCCAACGCCUUUUUGAUGAAGGUGCUGAUCCAAACUGUACAAAUAAAAAUGAUUUCUCAGUUCUUCAUGUGGCUGUGAAGAAUAAGCACAAAGACUGUAUACCUGUUAUUGUCCAGGCUGGUGCUGAUAUACACCGUAAAGGCCCCGUAUCUUGUCAAGGAAACACUGUUUUACAUGAAGCUGUCAAGUUUGGAGAUGAAGGUCUUGAGAUUGUUGACACACUGCUUCGGUGUGGAGCUGAAGCAAGCAGAACGAAUGACCGUGGCGAAACUGCCCAUGAUUUAGCCAAGAAGUGUGGCUACGAUAAAAUCACAACUCGGCUAAUGUCCAGUCUUGGCCAAGCACAACUGGAGAAGCUUUUAAGUAACAAACCCUUACAAAUAGAUUAACCUUUUUGACCAAGGGAGCUUGGUGCAUUUCAUGAUGGCACCAAUACAAGAUCAUAUGAGGGAUGCAGAUAUAAACACACAUUUAUAUCCAGAGGCCCUCCAUAAGCUAUUUUGUUUGGCUUAUGGUUCUUUUUCUUGUUUUGAGAUUGCAGUUUUUUUUUCUCUUUUUUCCUGUUUUUUCAAUCUAAUUCAUAAAACUAUCUUUUAUUGGUUUCAGUUCCAUGUUUUUAUUAAUUAUAUUUUAACUCAGUAUUUGUUUUACCUUACUGUUGAGGAUAAAAAGCAAAGUAGACAGGCACGAAGGCACAGAACUCACAUUUUUAGUGAAAGUACUGAUUUUGCUGUUAUACACCAAUUGGUAUAUAUUUAAUGGCCUGCUGCCAGUUUCUAUCAACCAAAUUUAACUUGCAAAGCUUUGGUGAAUCUGACACAGUUGUUGAAGAAACUUGCUCAAGGUACUACACAAUAGCAUUAAACUUGGAAAUAUUUUAUUGUAAAUUGAACACAGCCAUAUAUUAAUGCUCAUUAAUAACUUAACUUUAAAUCUUUUCACUUGUAAAAUUUCAGAUUU